UGAAUGCAAAAUAAACACUUUACAAAAGAAACCGAAAGUCAUGUUUUCACACCGGCAAAAUUCGGGGCAGCCCUGAGCCCUCUCACGCUUCAGACAUGGCGACGCAGAUGGCGGUAAAUUCAGGAGCCAGUCUGUGGGGCCCGCUGAAGGAGCUCUGGGAAGCUGUAGAGGGGGCCAUAUGGAGACGACAGCCAGAGAGUGUUCAUCUUUUAGAUCUGCAGUUGAAGAAACACAAACCUUCCUUCCUCACCCUCUUCAAAAACCCAAUGAAGAGUGCAGAACAGAGAGAGAAGGUACGGAAAGCCAGCACAGAAGGCAUUGCUAUUCAGGGCCAGCAAGGAGUACGACUACUUCCUGAGCAGCUUAUCUCGGAAGCCUUCAUCCUUAGUGACCUUUUUGACCUGGGAGAACUAGCUGCCCUUGAACUGCUGUUGGCAGGAGAGCACCAGCAGCCUCAUUUUCCCGGCCUGUCUCGAGGCCUGGUGGCUGUGCUCCUUUACUGGGAUGGCAAACGCUGUGUGGCAAACUCCCUUCGCUCGCUCAUCCAGUCCAGACACGGGAAGACGUUCACGCUUGACUUGAGUCCUGAAUUGGUGAAUCUCACUACACGGUUCACGGAUGAGCUGAUGGCUCAGGGAUUGACCAAACAAAUCCUGAACUUGAUCUCAGAUAUCAGUGUGACUCGUGAGUUUGAGAGGCUUCAGAAAGAGCGGGGCCUUGGCAAUGAGAAACACAGAAAAGAGGUAUCCGACCUCAUCAAAGAGUGCCGACAGUCACUAGCAGAGUGUUUGUUUGCAUGGACAUGCCAGUCACCUCUAAGCAAAGAGGACACCCUGACCCUCAUCGGUCACUUGGAGACGGUGACAGCCGAAGCUGAUGGCUCAUUGGAUAGCGUUAACCUUGCUUUAGUCAUGGCGUUGCUUUAUUGCCUGGAUGUUAGUUUUCUGGAGCAAGGAACAGAGGAUAGAGAAGACUUGCUCCAGGCCUUGCCUCUACUGACGGAGAAGCAGUAUGUGGCAGCGGUGCACAGUCGGUUGGUGGAGGGUCAGGCCUGGAAGCUUCCUGGACUGCAGGCAGUGGUGCAGCUGGCCUGGGCUCUGUCUCUGAGAGCCGUGUCACAGCUUCCACAGGGUGCAGCUCUAGUGGAGUUCACCGAGGCAGAUGAGGCUCUGGCAGACCAGGCGCUGUUGGGAGGUGUCUUCCUCUUCCUGACAGAGGGCAUCCUAGGAAGCGAUGGCUUCAGCCAAGAAGAAUUCUACACCCGCCGGCUGCAUUCCCUCAUUACAGAUUUCCUGGCUCUCAUGCCAAUGAAGGUGAAGCAGUUGCGUAACCGUGCUGAUGAAGAUGCUCGACUGAUCCACAUGGCUCUGCAGAUGGGCAGCGAGCCGCCAUCAUCUCUACGCAAGGACCUGGACCACCUCAUGAUACUUAUUGGAGAGUUUUACAGUAAAGAUCCAUUUGAACUUGAGCUGGCCCUGGAGUUCUGGUGUCCAUCAGAGUCUCUUCAUCACACUUCACUCACCGGAUCUUUUCUUGGAGUACCUCUCCAAAGACCCCCUCACAAACAGGUGGUUCUCUCCAAGUUUGUGCGUCAGAUGUGUGAUCUGCUCCCUGCUACUCUCUACAUCCCUUACUUGCGCAUGCUGAAAGGGCUUGCUAAUGGUCAUCAGUGUUCCCACUACUGCUUUAGUCUGCUUAAAACCAAUGGAGCUCCACACGGAGAGAACCGGCAGGCUGGAGUGUCGGGCAGUGUUGUGUCAUGGGAGCACUUUUUCCAUUCUCUCAUGCUCUACCAUGAGAACCUGCGACGAGAUGUGCCCAGUGCCGACAGCAUGCAGUACCGCCACCCACCCAUCAGAGGCAUCACUCAGAGAGAGCUAGAAGGCCUCACAGCGUUCCUCCAGCUGCUCACCACUAUCAUCACCUGGAGUGAGAACGCGCGUCUGGCUCUUUGUGAACACCCUCAAUGGACGCCUGUGGUGGUGAUGCUGGGAUUGCUGCAGUGCAGUGUUCAGCCCGUGCUGAAAGCUCAAGUCUUGCAUGCUCUUGCUGCCUUUGGCAAAUCUCCUGAGAUCGCUGCCUCCCUCUGGCAAUCACUGGAGUACACACAGAUCCUGCAGACAGUGAAAGUUCCUGGACAGAGACAGGCUGCUGGGAUUGAGGUGGAGCUGAAUGAGAUUGAAUCGAGCUGUGAGGAGUAUCCUCUCACAAGGGCCUUUUGUCAUCUGAUCAGUACUCUGGUAGAGAGUUUUAGUAAAAAGCAGUUGGAGUCGGCAGUGCUACACUGUCUGUGUUUGUUGGAGCUGGCUCUGCAGAAGGAGGUGACAUUCAUGGAUCUGCUGAGAGAAAGUCAGACAUCGCUACUUGUCUCUCCUGUGGAACAGCUCCUGCAGGGUGUCAGUGCUCAGAGCAGACGGGCUGAUCACAUCACCAACAUUGCCAGGUACCUGUACCACAGCAGCUCGAACCCUGAUGCUGCUUUCCAGAGUGCCAAGAUUCUGCGCCGUAUUGCACGUUACCCAAACAUCCAGGCCAGACUGGUUGGAGACUUCACACAUGAUCAGGUGGUGAGUGAGAAGUUGAUGGCUGGUUUUGUGGAGUGUCUGGACAGUGAGGAAGCUCAGGAGGGAGUAGCCGCAGAUGACUCAGACCCUGAGAAACGGGGGGCCAGGAUUCGUCAUGAAACCAAGAUCCACAUCCUGAACCUUCUGAUCACCUCUCUGGAGCUAAAGGGCCCCAAUCUUGGCUUGUAUCUGCUGGGCUAUGAAGUGAAGAAGCCAGUUUCCUCCACUAACCUGCAGGACCCAGGUGUUCUUGGCUGUCCACGGAGCUGCCUGCAUGCGAUCCUCAGUCUGCUCCAGAGGGGCAGCGAGUGGCGCACUGGACCUGUGCUCACCAAACAGGCCCCUCAACUAGCUGAACUCUUCUACCAGGUGAUCUAUCAGCUGUGUGCCUGUCCUGACACUUCUGGGCCCACCAUGCGUUACCUCAGGACCAGUCAGGACUUCCUGUUCUCUCAUCUGCAGCACCUGCCUUUCAUUCUACCAGAGAAUGAGAUUGCUGCUCUGUCUCAGAUGUCCUGGCUGAUGAAGACUGCAGCCAUUGAGCUCAGAGUGACAUCACUGAACCGUCAGCGCUCUCACACACAGAGACUGCUCAACCUCCUCCUGGAUGACCAGCCACACACAUUACAUGCCGCAGAUGGAGAGACAGGCAUGGAAGAGGAGAGUAGAUCAGUCAGUGGUUUCUUGCAUUUUGGCACCGUCUCCAAAGUACGCGGGAGGCUGCUGAGUGUUUUGGAUGCCAUAGACUUCAGUCAGGAGGCCCCGGAGCUUCUGCAGCUGGACUUCUUUGAGCGUGCUCAGAUUGAGCAGGUCAUCACCAACUGUGAACACGUCAACGAGCAGGGACACACGGUCUGCAACGUCAAGUUGCUCCAUCGAGUUUUAGUUGCAGAGAUCAAUGCACUGCAGGGCAUGGCGGCCAUUGGGCAAAGACCACUGCUGUUGGAGGAGGUGAACUCAAUCCUGCAGCAGGUGGUGGAGAGGAACCGCGUGCGGUGUAGUCUCAGUGCAAAGCGUCAUGCUCUGCAGAGCUGGAGGAGUCUGGUGGAGACCAUCCUCACGGCCUGUCCUUCAGAGCUCAUCCCAGCCGACCAGCGCCAGCUGAUCAUCAGAGACCUGCUGCUGGAUCUGCACGACAAGGUGUUAUCAGAAGAUGCUGCUGGUGAAUUGAUGCCAAUUGUAGCCGGGGCGGUCUUCACAUUAACAGCACAACUCAGCCAAUCGGUGCUGUCUGAGCAGCAGGGGGCGGGGCCACAUGGUGGCUCUGGAUCAGGAUUUGCUUCAAUCGCUAACUCCGCCCUCCACCUCAUCCUAAGGAAGCUACUGGAUUUUAUCUUGUGCACAGGUGGAGGUUUCCAGCGUCUAAGGUCUCACCUUUAUGGUGCUCUGCUCUACUACCUGCAAAUUGCCCAGAAACCUGAGGAGCCAGAGACACUCCAGACAGGUACCUCCAUGUGGGAGCGUUUGACUGCCCCUGAAGAUUGUUUCUCCAAGCUGCAGAGAGAGAACCUGGCCAUCAUCGAGAGCUACGGCACUGCGCUCAUGGAGGUGGUGUGCAGAGACGCUUGUGACGGCCAUGAGAUUGGCAGGAUGCUGGCUCUGGCCGUGUUGGACCGGGUGUUGUCUAUAGACAGACAGUGCCAGUGGCUGGUGUACCUGUGUAACAGCGGGUACCUGCGUGUGCUGGUUGAGAGCUUGAGACAGGACGAUGUCGCCCUGCAAACUCUGCUCACACCUCAGCCUCCAUUGCUCAAACCACUCUACAUCUACGAGUCCAAAAUGGCGUUGCUGACCCGUGUGGCUAAGACAGCACAAGGUGCGACGGAGCUCCUGCGCUGUGGGCUGGUUGGUCAGCUGGUGGAGUGUCAGGUGUUUCACAUGCUCCCUCAAAAUGAGGCACUCAGAGUGUUUGGGCAGAGAGAUCCAUCGGGGUUUAUUCCUAGUCCUCUAGAGCGAUACAGACAGAUCCUGCUGCCUACUCUCAGACUGAUGCAGGUCAUCUUGACCUCCACCACCACACAGCACCAGCAGGGGGCGGCACAGGUGCUGCAGUGGCUCAUCGUUCACUCUGAUGUCAUUCAGUCCAUCCUGCAUGGUCAGGAUAUGAGUAUGGGCGCUCUACAGGAGCUCUCUCUCCUCACUGCCAUCAUCAGCAAGACUGCACUGCCAGGAGCUCUGGAGAUGGGACAGGAAAUCAACAGUGCCGCCCUUAUGGAAGUACAGGGACACAUCGGCAGAUUCCAGCGUCAGUCGUUGUCUCUGCUGGUGCGGCUGGUGGGAACCGAUCGCGCUCGCUACCUGAAGCAGAUCGAGGAGACCGUCUCCCCUGGUGACCUUGCAGAAAAGAGAGAGGAAAUGGAGGUUGCCAUGCAACAGAUUUGUGCCAAUAUUAUGGAGUACUGCCAGACGCUACUGCUGCAGAGCUCAGCUGAAGCCCAGUUCACUCUCUGCCUGUUCAGCCCGUCAGCAAGUGAACCAGCAGAUGUGGCCGUUCCCUCUGCGCGGGUGCCCAGUCUGGGAUUGGUUCUGCUCCUGCUGAAGAACAGCGCCACUGACUUCUUCCGAUAUCAUGACAGCCACAGACAGAGCCUGAACAAGCUGGAGCGAGUGGAGCAGCUUCCCCCUGAGGAACUGAAGGAGCUGUGCCAGGGUUUGGUGUCCGGUUCUGGUGGAGUGGAAAAGAUCCCAUCAGUGCAGAGAAACGUGCUUGCCAAGCGCCGACUCGUCCAGCUGGUCAACAACCGAGCCAAGCUUCUUGCCCUCUGCUCCUAUAUCAUUGAGACAUGCUUGUUUGUGAUUUGGCGCCACCUAGAGUUCUACUUGCUGUACUGCACUCCCACUGACCCCAAAGACUCACUUCUGCCAGGUUUCAGAGAUCCUAGUGGCAGCAGAGGAUUAAGUGUGUCAAGAGUGAGCCAGCAAGAUCUUGAACAGUUACAGACUGACGUGGCGAACAGCUUCAAUGAGCCAUUGCAGAGGAAGCUGCUGGAGGUGGAGGGUCUGUAUAGCAAAACCCGCUCCCGUCACACCUUUAUCCAAGCCCUGACGCGCAGGAUCCGUGGCCUAGUGCAUCACGCCAAAGGCUGAACACUUACAUACAUGUAUAUUCCCUCAAAUAGUGCUAAACAUUACUCUUUUGAAUUAGGUGGCAAAUAGUUGCUUUUUUGCAGUUUUGAAUACUAUCAAUCAACACAUGAAAUUUUCUUGCUCUGAAGAUCUCGGUAUUGGAUUGAUUUUUUCUAAAGUGGUAAAUAAAUGGUUUUCCAAACAGAUGAUGGUU